GCGGGGCCCGGCGCCGCUUCCUGGGGCGGCGGGGCGGGCCCGUGGCACGGCCCGGGCAUGGGGGGCGCCGGGCCGGGGUGGGGGCCCGCGGGCCUGUGGGUGCCGCUGGCGCUGGCCUGCAGCGUGGCAGCCGCUGUGGCCGCGGAGGGGCCGGCCGGGCUGGCGGAGCCGUGCGGGACCGAAGGGUGGGCGCAGGACGCCGUCCCGCCGGGCGCGGCCUUCGUCGCCGCCGCCUCGUACCGCGGGCCCGGGAACAACGACACGCGGAGCAACAAGGCGCUGCCCAUCCUGCUGUGGUGGAGCGGGAGCCUCUUCCCGCACUUCCCCGGCGACACGGAGCGCAUCGACUGCCCCCGCGGCUCCUGCCUCGUCACCCGGAGCCGGCGGGUGGCCCGGCACCGCCGCACCAAGGCGCUCAUCUUCUACGGCACCGACUUCAGGGCGUACGAGGCGCCGCUGCCCCGCCUGCCCCACCAGACCUGGGCGCUCUUCCACGAGGAGUCCCCCAUGAACAACUACGUGCUCUCGCACUCGCCCGGCAUCCGGCUCUUCAACUACACGGCCACCUUCCGCCGGGAGUCCGACUACCCGCUGACGCUGCAGUGGCUGCCCGGCACCGCGUACCUGCGGGCCCCGGCCGUGCCGCUGGCCGAGAAGGACGCGUGGCGGCGGAAGGGCUACGGCCCGGUGCUGUACAUGCAGUCCCACUGCGAUGUGCCCUCCGACAGGGACCGCUACGUGCGGGAGCUCAUGAAAUACAUCCAGGUUGACUCCUAUGGGAAAUGCCUGCAUAACCGUGAGCUCCCCAGUGAGCGACUGAGAGACACUUCUACAGCCACUACAGAAGAUUCUGAAUUUAUGACUUUCGUUGCCAGGUACAAGUUUCACCUGGCCUUGGAGAAUGCCAUAUGUGAUGACUACAUGACAGAGAAGCUGUGGCGUCCCAUGCACUUGGGGGCUGUCCCAGUGUACCGAGGCUCCCCAGCUGUGCGGGACUGGAUGCCAAACAACCUCUCCAUCAUCCUUAUAGAUGACUUUGACAGCCCCCAAGAGCUGGCAAAGUAUCUUGAUUUCCUGGACAAGAAUGGAGAGGAAUAUUUGAAGUAUCUAGAGUAUAAAAAUGUCGGUGGAAUCAAAAACCAGUUCUUGCUAGAGAGCUUGGAGAAGCGGGAGUGGGGUGUGAAUGACAUGACUCUGCCCAAUUACCUGAAUGGCUUUGAGUGUUUCAUCUGUGACAAAGAGAACACCCGAGUCAAAGAGGAGCAGGAGCACAAGAAGUCUCGUGGAAAAAUUCCAGCUCCUAGACCUCAUAUAGCUCAGUUCAAGCACAUGGGAUGUCCUAUGCCAACCCCUGGGUUUGGAAGUGUUGAAGACCUCUCUGAUGGAGACAGUUGGAAAGAAAUGUGGCUGCAGGAUUAUUGGCAAAGCCUUGAUCAGGGUGAGGCCCUCACUGCUAUGAUUCAUCACAACGAGUCUCAUCAGGGAAGAUUUUGGGACUACAUGCAUGAGAUUUUUCUCAAGAGGACAAGGCAACACUGACCCAUCUUUGUAAGAGCUUGAUUUGAAAAUUGCAUUGAAAGUUGAGACUGAAUUCUUACCUUACUUCACAUGUUUGCCUUGAAAAAAACAAAACCAAAAAACCUCUCACAGAGACAAUUAUUUUGUGGUGCAUGAAGUGAGUAAGUUUCUGUUAUGAUUGGAUUUCAGCAGUGGAAAUGUUAGUAACUGCUUUGAUUUGACUUUCAGCUCUGUGGUGUGAAGCCACUCCUGACUUGCAGGUGUCAACAUGUGGGGCAAAAGAGGAAUUUGCUCUCCUUUUGCAUUUGCUGUAUUUACAUUGUGUCUUACAUGACUUCAGGCACUUGCUCAAGUGCCCCAAGUUAUUUCAGGGAUUUUUUAUGUCUUCAGAAUAUUAGUUGUUUUUUAAGUAUUUUAUCAAUCACAUAUUCUCUUCAUUAAGAUGUACUUUUAGCUGCUAUUAACAAAUGGCUUUUCCAGUGAAGGAAUUACAAGACACAUCUGUGAAGAGCAAUCGUGCCUUAUGAAAUUGCUGCAAUAAAGUCUCUUCUCCCCAAGUAA